UUGUAUAUACAGUAAAUAUUUGAUAUGCAUUGAUAAGACGCAUUAAACCUUUAAAAAAAUUGUUUACAGUUGCAGUACUGCAAUAGUUAAGUGCCUUAAACAGUCCCAAUUGGUUUGUUGCCGAAGCAGUGAAAUGAUAUUAGUGGGAAUUUAAGUCGGAUUGUAAUGAUUAAAUCGAUGUAAUAAGCAACGACUCGAGAGCCGUAUCAUUUACUACCUUUUCUACAAAGGUUUGAAGUUAAAAGUAGCAUUGUUGUUAUCUAGGAUACAAGCUUCCUUUAUGACAAAAUUUAUGGUCGAGUUUAUUAUUUUCCAUUAUAUAGAGAUGUAAAGGUACUGCAGAACAAUUAAUUCACUUAUGUUUGUGUUAUCGAGAGAGAUCACAAUUGUUGAUGACCCAUGUUGUUUUAUAGGGAAAGAAAAACAGUCACAUGGCAACGGGGUCUAAUCCGCUUCUAUAAUUUGGAACCAGAAUGGAGAGGAAUUGAUUAUUUCUUAUACUUCAUAAGAGCAUGAGAAAUAGAUUUAGAUUUUACUUUUGUUAUUCGUGGAAUGUAACAGGUAUUAAGUAUAAAGCCUGGUGAAUAAAUAAUACAUUUUCCUAUUCAUGACUUUAAAGUAUAAAACAGAUAAACAAUAGAAUGCCAUCGUUUUAUGAAAAGGUUGUUUCUGUUAUUGAGAAACCAGAGAGUUUAAGAACCGAUUUUGAGUGCCAAGAACUUAUUGCAUGGUUUAGGAAUAAAUCCAGUUUGUUUAAAACCUUAAAAUCAGAUAUCGUGAAGGAUGUUAUUCGUCACUGUAUCUUCAUGCGAACAAAUGAAGACAAUGUAAUUAUCAGGCAGGGUGACAGUGGUGACAGGUUAUAUGUUAUUUUAAAAGGCAGGGUAUCAAUCUAUGUUGUUCAAGACAAAGAAAAUGAUCAAGAAAUACGUCAGCAUGUGGAAAAAGUUCUCGCAAAAGCAAAAAUUGAUAAGUUACUUGAUAGAACACAGCUCGGACAACAUGUAUGGACCUCAAAUGAGGGUCAGGCAUUUGGAGAAGUUGCUCUGAUUAAGGAGGAUUGUGUGAGAACUGCUAGUGUUGUGACAGAUGAAGAGACGGAUUUAAUGGUGGUUGACAGAGCAUUGUACAAUAGAUCUGUGAGAGAUGUCCUUGAGAGGGAAUUUCAUGAAAAGACUGAAUUUGUAGAGAAUAAUCCUUUAUUCAAACAAUGGCUGCCAAAAAUGAAGAAAUCUAUGACUAUUGCUUUACAAAAGGAAACAAUGCAUUAUGGAAGUCCGAUUGUACGACAGGGUCAGCCAGUCGAAAACAUAUUUUUUAUGCUCAGAGGUGAAGCAGAGGUGAUUGCAGACCAAGCUUCACAUAAGACACAAUAUCCGGAAAUCUGGGGAGAACUCCAACGAAUAUUACCAGAUCUUUUACCAAGAGAUAAUGGUAUUAACUACACACCUUACGAAACCCUACAAAGACGACGGACAUCUCACCGGCCUUAUCAGAUGUGUCUUCUAGGAGCCAAUGAAGUGGUCGGUGCUGUUGAAGUUAUUGUUGGACUCAAGACUUACCUAGAAACAACAACUGUUACAAGAGAAUCUGAUGUAUUGGUUCUGAGCACCAACAAUUACAACAGACUUUUCAACCGGAAAUCGUCUGCUAGAUCAGUUGACAUCCUGAAGGAGAUGCUUUGUCAGAGAUACUUUAUGUAUAUACAUCGUUCAAACCUGUCUGUUAUAGACGCUACCUUCCUGAAAUAUUUGACAAUAAAGAUGUUGGACACAGAAUCUAUAAAAUUACUGAAAACUAGACAUAGAAAAAAGAAUGAAUUCACGGAGCAUGAUUUUUACGAAGCUUACAGAAUUUUCAAAAAAAUGGAAAAAGAAAAUGACAGCAUUAUCAAUUUAAUGAAAAUACUUGAUAUUAAUUUUCUUUUCUUUGAUACAACAUUGCCCGAAUUGGAGACGAGUAAAAAAGUGCUGACUGAUUUAGAAUACAGAAUGACACAAUGGAGAGAAAGGAGUAAAGGAGAGGAAAGACCGGGCACUUCAACUUCUAAACAUAUCACAAACGGAAAACCAAGAAGAAAAUCAUGUCCUGAUGUUUCACACAGAAAAAGAGGCACUUCUGCAAGCAGUCAAAAAUCAGGGACCCCAAGACACAAAACGACACAUUCCUGAUGUGGUCAGAGUUUAUUCCCAUGUAGAGGCAAAUGCAUUGUUUCGUAUACCUGUAUUGUGUUCUUUUUGGAUUGGCUAAAAACCCGUAACUGCUAUACUAGUAUAUAGUAAAAAUGUUGCCAUUGUUACCAUAUGGUAGAUAGUUGCCUGUAGCUGGAAUUGACGUUACCAUAUGUAUUAAUUUAUAUAGCUGAAAUAAAGAUUAAACACAUA